ACUGUACUUUUGGCAUACAGAGGUAAUCAAAACAUUUGUCGAUCCGUCGGUGAGUAGCCGAAAGGACGUCUGUGAAGUGAAUGACAAUAAUAAAAACUACGACUGCAGUUAAUCUGCGCGCGACUGAUUUAUAUUUUACUCGCUGGGAAUAGUCCAGAUGCGCCGGAGUCCAGAGCCAUGCAAGGAACAAGUGCAUAGCAUACAUUUGGGAAACUUGAAAUGAUAAAAAGCAGCCAUAGUCGAUGGAAAUGAGCCGACUGAAAAAUCCGAAUAUCACUAUGUCAAUUACAGCCACUUCUUCAACACCAAAUAGCUCUCCAGUGAUACAGAGUUCUCCACCGCAACAUAAUGUCAACGAAAGCGAUCCUAAAAUAUCUUACGGAUCAAGUGCACAAAAAUUAGACAAUGUCGAUGUUGUGCUGACGAGUAUGGCAGCGGGAGCCUUUGCUGGAGCUCUUGCCAAGACAACAAUUGCACCUCUAGAUAGGACGAAAAUUAAUUUUCAAAUUAAUAAGGACGCGACAUACUCAUUCCGGGGAGCAAUCUCGUUUAUCGAGAAAACAUAUAGAAACGAGGGAUUCUUUGCGUUAUGGCGCGGUAAUUCAGCAACUAUGGCUCGAAUAAUCCCGUACUCAGCCAUUCAAUUCACUGCCCACGAACAGUGGCGGAAAAUACUCAAGGUGGAUCAACAUAACACGGACACGAAGGGCCGCCGAUAUAUAGCAGGUUCCCUGGCUGGAGUGACUUCGCAAUCAUUAACCUACCCACUUGAUUUAGCGAGAGCUCGAAUGGCUGUUACGAAUAAAUAUUCUGGCUAUACCUCUCUCAGGCAAGUUUUCGUUAAAAUUUGGGUAGAAGAGGGUCCACUCACUUUAUACAGGGGAUAUUUUGCAACAGUGUUAGGAGUUAUUCCGUAUGCAGGAACGUCUUUCUUCACGUACGAAACCCUGAAAAAAGAAUAUUAUGAGUUAACCGGAAGCAAAACACCACAUACACUAGUAUCAUUAGCUUUUGGCGCUUUGGCUGGCUUGGCAGGCCAAACUUCCAGCUACCCACUGGAUAUUGUACGAAGGAGAAUGCAAACAAUGGGAAUAAAGCACAAAAAUCAACAAUACUCUACGCUCAUUUCCACCUUAUCAAAAAUAUACAGGGAAGAAGGCAUUAAAAACGGAUUUUUCAAAGGCCUGAGCAUGAACUGGAUAAAAGGACCUAUCGCGGUUGGCAUCAGUUUCACAACGUACGAUCUAACCAAGGAGUUUCUUAGGGAAUUAGCGCUUUAUAAAAAAGGAAGGUUUGGCUAAGUUGGAGCAACAUGACGCGGAUAAGAGCAACAUAUGUCGUUGAAUAUUUGAUAUGGUGUAUCCACACAGACACAUAUGUAUGCUGAAGAGUAUUGUUUUCCGCCGUUGUGACUUUGAUUUUAGACGUUCUAACUGUUUUCUGGGGAAAGGCCCGCGCAAUACAUAAGCCUAUUUUUGAUUUUAAACGCAAUGCAAUGUUUCCUAAAAGGUUUAGAUUUAGGAUGAGAAAGAGAAAUGCAAUAUUGGAUUUUUUCUUAUUGUUAUAAAUUUAAUCUAAUUAAAUUUUGUACAACUGUUUUUCUAUGUUGUGUAUUUAUGAGAAAAAAUAGACUUGAUUGGUUUUGUUACGUACAUGCCUUUUUAGUUUCUAUGCUCUGAAAUAAAUUGAAGAAAAGAUUGUA